AGGGAUUCUCGGAUUAGCAGGGAGAGGUUAAACUUUUAUUGCUCAAAGAAGGCAACAUCAAGGAUCACCCGAGUGCGUUGAAACUUGCUUUUUUCUCAAGGUGUUUUCUUAUAGUAAGAAAUGGUGGUGAGGCUGCGGUUAUCGAGAUUUGGAUGCAAAAACAGGCCAUUCUAUCGAAUAAUGGCGGCUGAUAGUAGGUCACCAAGAGAUGGAAAACACCAUGAAGUUUUAGGUUACUACAAGCCACUACCAGGGCAGGAUGGGGGUAAGCGCAUGGGAAUGAACUUUGAUAGAAUCAAGUCCAAGCGCGAGAAGGAAGCGGAAGGCACCUACAGAGGGAGCCCCUCCGGUAUUUGAGCUGCAUAGAGGCAACGGCCACAUCUUUCUGGCGGCGUACCUAGUGCUCUUCUUGUGCAACUUCGCUCUCCCUGGCGGAGCGAACAUUAUUCGUCCAGGCACUUUCUACGUAGCUUGUGACAUGUACGGGGGCGGGAGUAUGCGCUCGCACAGCCGGUCUUGUGCCGCAUCUACUACGGCUUGGGGGCCGUUUACCGGGGAAAGAUCUACCAGGACGAUGAAGGCGGGAACGGCACAGUGGACGGUGAGGUAUUCCCAGGGGAUUUCAAGAGGCCUUUUCCCCUCCACUAUGUGUAUGGCUGGCUUGGGGCUUAUUUCUCCAACACCUACCUUAGAAAUAGGGUGUUGGAUGAAACAAUGUGCCCAUUUCUCUUGAGGAUUGCUGGGCAGAAAGCGAUAUUCCAUACUCCUGGUCAUGCACGUAGCUUGCUCUACAAUGACCAUCUUCAUAUGAGUAGACUGGCCUUCCCGAUUGGGAACCUCACAGAUCGUGUUUUUGCCGAUGAGCUGGGUAAGAGCCUAGAUGGUGCUCCUACCACCCAUAAGGAGCUGAUGUAUAUGCUGAGUGUGAGAGGCGGGGUGCUACCUUAUCAUACCAUUCACAGUGCUAAGCUUGAGGGGUAUUUCCCUCAUUGAUUUGCCCGACAGCACGGGCUGGACCAAGGGUGUCCUUUUUUGGUGUUCUCUGAGAAGCGGCUUAGGAAAGCCGGCCGUAGGAAGAUGGACCAGUUGGGGACCCAUCUUGAGACCUGGCUCCCGAGGCACAUUUGCACAGCUUGGGCCACGUGCUUGGAGUUUACAAAGGUCAAUAAGUACGUGCUGCCAUAUUUUUGCAGAAGAGUGUGAGCAACUGAGACGGACGAACUCUGGUGGCGGAUCACCAGUAAGGGGUAUUGGGAAGUUGACCACCUCUGGAAAGGUGAUAACACCUCCUGGAGCCAGGACACGCAAGAGAGCUAUGAUGGCAUUAAAUGAUUAAACCCCUAAACCUUACCUUGGUUACAUCUAAGUCUACAAAUCUAGUUACCCCCAGUUUGUCUCGCUAUGCGCAUGGAUAACUUCAUUUUCUGAUUGAUGGUAGCAAAUCAGGUUUCAUGGCAAAUACACGUACUAAUAAGGAUUACGAUAUCAUGUUAAUGGAAUUGUUCUUAAUGUCUUUGCUUUUGGAAUGCUAA